AUGAGGCCCAACAUCUCUCUCAGUGCCCCAGAUGGAGGGCUGUUCUGGGGGCCUCAGGGGCCAGAGGUGACCAGGGGCCACAGCCUCUCCCUCAUCUGCUCUACUGAGCCACAGCACCAAGGAGGCUCCUUCCACCUCAUCUUUGAUGGGUCUAACAGCACCAGGACUCAGCUCGCCGUCAACCACUCAGCCUCCUUCUACAUUCCUGAGGCAGACUACUCCCACCAGGGCAACUACAGCUGUGUCUAUGAGGUCACUGUGUCCAGCCGCACCUUCAAGUCAACACCGACAGCCCCACUGACCGUCAUCGUAAGAGCAUCCCUGGUUCCCAUUGUAUCUGGAGUGACUUCAGUGUUGAUCUUUUUUGUGGUGAUUCCUGCCAUACUCUGCCUGGUGAAGAAAAUGUGCUUGACCGACACGCCCCAGGAGAACAGUGGUCCACCAUGCUCUGUGAGCAGAAUUGGAUUUCAUAGUGGACCAGAUAACUCUGAUGAAGAUGAGGGCAUCUAUAUGAACACAGCUAAGCGUGCUAUGCAGAAGUAUCGAAGUAAAGACUCUGAUGGGGAUAUGGAAGAAGUGUAUGCGAAUGUAGAGGAGAUUCACAACUGCUCAACUGCCAUAUUCAAUGAUGUUGAGGUGGAUGACAUCUAUCAGAACUAUAAAUGAGUUUGCUGUGUUUUGGAUUUUAUAGUGGUCUUGCUAAUCAAUCAAACAUUGGCAUGUGUCUCUUACAUAGUCUAUUGAAUAUAAUUUAAUAAUAAAGUAAAAUACUAUAAUGAAAUAUAAUAAUAUAAUAAAAUACUGCUCGCUUGGCAUACAUAUAAUGAUCAUAUAUCAUUGCUGGUCUUUUAAUAACAUGUUAGCCAUUGUGUUUUUGCUGUUGACAGCAUUCUUGAUGUGUUUGUUGGACCCCUGUAGAUAUACUGACCCUUUGAGUUUGCACCGGAACAAGCUACAUUCUGACCAAACAAUUUCCACCAACAUUGUUGUGUGGCAAUAAAAAGCUGUCUUCUUCUGA